CACGCGGGAAGAGAACCCUCGUUCCCUCCAACUCUCUCUUAGAUCACCUCUGAAAAUUAAAAAGCACAAAAAAAAAAAAAAACCCAAAUUUUAAAUCACUCACAAAACCUAUUUUCCAAAAUUAAGAUUGGAUAAACCUGAAUUCCAUGGACGAAUCAGCUGGGAAAAAAGAGGCGGAAGUGCUGAUGGUCAACGACACCGACCAGAGGGAACGGAGGAGCGUCCGCCGGAGAUUGGUCCAGUCAACCUUGUUUCCCAACAAAUCUCCUGAAAUUGGACCGGGGAUUGGCCAGAAGGCUAACGAAGGUGACGAUGACAAUAACGAUGGCGAAGAUGAAGAGUUAUGCUGUAGUCAAGGCAAGAAGAAGGGAAGAAAACGGAAAGGGAAAGUAACUCCCCAGAAUCAAGCUUCUAAAAAGCCAAAGGAGAAAUUGCCCAUGAAAACUACACCGAAGAAGAAUGGGAUGAAUAAUUUGAUGGAGAGUGAAGAUGCAUCAUCGCCGCCAAUCCCUAAUUUGAGAUUGGAGGCAAAGUUGACAGCUGAGGAAAAUUCCCGGAUGUUUGCAGGAAGGCAAAUUCAUCCGUUUUUUAAAUCACGAAAAACAAGAAAGAGGGGCCGAGAGACUGCUGAAGUAGGGAGCUUUGAUUGCUUGCUUGACAGAAGUAACAAAGGCAUUAAUAUUGGUCCUAUUCAUGUGUUUGAAAGAACUCAGGAUGAUGUAGUUCUUGAUUGGAAAUAUUGGACAUUUUUUGAGAAAACCUCCAUUGACACUGGUUGCAACCUUGAAGGCCUAGUCAAAUCAGUUUUUGAAAGUUGUGUUGAGGCAUUAUGUCUUGACAACUUUCCUGGUGUUUCACAUUCCUCUGACCCAUCAUUUGUUCAAAACAAGUUGUCAGAUCAAUGCAUUAUUCAAGAUAAUGACUUUCUUGGAGCAUCAGUGGCAAUACCUGCUGUGCUAGUAGAUAAGCAACCGGAAAACGAUCAGUUCUUAAAGAGAUCAGAAGGGGACUGCAGAGUAGAUGAAGUUGUUGUCCCUUCUAAGCUGGCUGAUUAUGUGGAAAAUUCAGAGCUUGAACAGCGAAGUAGACUUCUUCAAGAAAGAAGUGUGCCAUUGUACCAUGGUUGCAGUAUCCAGCCUGAUAAUAGCUUAUGGACUGAUAAGUACCAGCCAAAAAGUGUCACUGAGGUGUGUGGUAAUACUGAAUCAGUGAAGUUUAUGAGUGAAUGGUUGCAUAUUUGGCGCGAGAGAAGUUUUCAAGCCAUCAAAGCCAUUGAUAACUUUGAUAAAGGCAACAUGCAAGAAGAUGAUGACGAUUAUUGUGAAAGUGAUUUUGAUUCAGAAAACAUAGAUGAAGAGAAUAGCCUGAAGAACGUUCUCUUAGUUACAGGACCAAUUGGGAGUGGGAAGUCUGCAGCUAUCCAAGCAUGUGCAAAGGAACAAGGAUUUAAAGUUCUGGAGUCCAAUGCAUCAGACUGUCGAAAUGGAGCUGUUGUGAAGCAAAAAUUUGGUGAGGCAUUAGAAUCACGCUGCUUUACAGGGUCAGUAAAAAAUCCUUUAGAUUCACUUAGCAAGCAUGUGAUGAAAUCUGCAGAAACUUUAUCUAAUGGUAAAGCAGUGCAAGAAUUUGAUGAUGAGGUGAUAGAGUUGAUACCAAUGUCAGAUGAGGAAGAUUCAUUUGGUGCCCAUGAAGCAUCUGGAAAACGUGUCUGUAAUGAUAGUGAGAGUGGAUUUGGUCAAGCAAAAGUUAAGCCUUUGAUUCUCUUUGAGGAUGUGGAUAUCUGUUUCGCUGAAGAUCGUGGUUUCAUAACUGCUAUACAGCAAAUUGCUGAAAAAGCAAAAGGGCCCGUGAUAUUGACUAGUAAUAGUAACAAUCUUGUUCUGCCAGACAACUUGGACAGGCUAGAGUUAUGUUUCAAGAUGCCAUCACCAGAAGAGCUGCUUUACCAUCUUUAUACGGUCUGUGAAGCCGAGAAAGUCACCAUUCAACCACAUUUACUAAAGCAAUUAAUUAAAUGUUGUCAGAGUGAUAUUCGGAAAACCAUCAUGCAUCUCCAGUUUUGGUGCCAGAGCAAAAAGUACCCGAAAGAUAGGAAAUUGCAGAAUACUUAUGGCUUGCUGCUGUUUGACAUAGAAGCGGGUCAUUUGGUACUACCAACUAUAAUCCCUUGGGACUUCCCAUCUCAGUUAUCAGACUUAGUUGAGAAGGAAAUUGCCAAGACAUUGUCCAUUAUUGAAGAAAAUUCAACUUUAAUGGAGGUGAUUGAGGAAGGACUUGAAAAUAACAUGUCAAAUGGCUUGGAGAUGCAUAAUAAUGAGAUAGACAGUUUAGAGGCAAAGAAGGAAGUGAUGUUAAGCAGGAACCUUUCUAUUCAUGAUUGCAAUGAAUUCAUAAACCCUUCUUAUGCUGCACAUGACUUUUAUAAUUCUUCAGGCACCCCAGUUUCUUUCUCUCGGAGAACACGUAGGAAGAAACUUGAUGUUGUAAUGUCUUCGGAUUCCGAAGAUGAGCACUUUAAUAUGCAACCUUCUUUAGUUCCAGACAAGAAUGUUAACUGUGAAUUGUUCAUCAAAGAAGGUUGCGGUGUCCUCUGUGAUUGUCCAAACAUUCAGAAUUGCAUAAGCCCAUUAACAGAUGAGCUACUUUGUUCUAAAGCAGAGAAUUGUGAGGACAGGGGUUUCCAUUGCUCAGAAACAGCAAAUAAUUUACAAAUGGAAACUUGCAAAUCUAUGGAUGUAUCAUAUGUUCCUGAGUCAUCCUUUGUUCCUGAGACUGAAAUUAUUAAUGGAAUGGAGCUGUCUUCUCGAACUGUGUCUUACGUUAAUAUUGCUGAAACAACAGAAGUUUCUGUGAAUUGUGAGUUCACAGAGGACCUUUUGCCAGUUGAAACAAAUGAUUCUGGUAAAUUUAUACACAAAUUAGUUAAAACUUCAGAUAUGUUAGGUGGUACAUGCAGUAUUACAGCAGAAGCAUCUCAUGAAGAGGUGGUGGAGAAUUCUCAAAAUGAGUAUGAUGAGGCUGCAUCAAGUGGGCAUGCAGUGAUGGAUGAAUGCAGCCGCAUGAAUUUCAACAAAAAAUCCUUGCUUAUUGGGAAAUUUAAGAACCACGUGGCUACUGAUUUAGUACAAGAAUCAUGGAAAAACCUCCGUGACAGUCACGCUGAUCUAAAACAGUAUGUUGACUCUGAGCCAAAAGAUGUUCUUAAAAUUUUAAAACUUACUUCUAGAAUGAGCGAUCUAAUUUCACAAGCUGAUCAACUGCUUUCCCAGUGCCACACACAAGAUUUUUUGGAGCUGUUAAGAUCCUUCUGAGGGUGCAAAUGCAUUCAGCUGGUGUGAUGAGCAGCUGCAGAUGGUUAACACGGUUUCAGGACAUGGAUUUUGUGUCUAUGCUAAAGAUAU